AUGAACCAGGAUAUAGGUGUAUUAAAACAUGAAAUCGAAAAACUAAAAGUUCAACAACAAAAACACGAAAAUUUACACGUUGCGAGUGACCUUCGGAUAAACGGUAUCCCUUAUACAAAUAACGAAAAUCUAUUUCAAAUUUUUGACACUCUUUGCAACAAUCUAAACAUUGCUACUCCAACCAUCAGAGCAAUUUAUCGAGUCUGCAAUGUUAAUAAAAAUAGAGACACUCCAGAAACAAUCAUGUUCAAAAAAAGUCAUAAAACUGCAUUGCAACUACAACAUGUGGGAUAUGAUUCCGAUAAACAUAUCUAUGUAAACGAAAAUCUUACCAGUUAUAACUACAAAAUACUUCAAAAUGCACUUAAACUAAAACGGCAAAAAUGCAUCGAGUCAACAUUUAGUCUCCGUGGCCUCGUAUAUGUCAAAAGAACAAAAGAUGAGCCACCUAUCAUGGUUGAUAGUACCAGCAAAUUAAUCAAUCUUUUUUUAGAUAGAGCAAAACAAUGUUCCAAAGACAACUUAAAAUGCAUGAUACGAAUACUAUCAAAACAAAAAACAGGCCUAAAACUGGUGCACAUAAAUGCCCAAAGUCUUAAUAACAAAAUGGAUGAGUUUCGCGAUACAUUUAUUAACUCCGACAUCGACGCCAUUUGUAUAUCUGAAACGUGGUUUCAUCCUGAAAUCGAUAGCAGCAUUUUUCAUGUUACGGGAUACAAACUGUUUAGAGCGGAUCGUCAUACUCAUGGCGGCGGGGUAGCUAUAUAUAUCAAACAUGGUAUAAGCUGCUCUCUCAAAUUUAUGUCAAACCGCUCUUCCCGCAUUGAAUACUUAUUUCUGGAACUUUUAUCUGAUGACAAGAAAAGAUUACUGCUGGGUUGCGUCUACAGACCAAAUUCAUCAAUAGAUUUUGAAGAAUUAAUAGAAACUAUUGAUAUAAUUUCCAUCGAGUACGACAAUAUAAUCGUAGCUGGUGAUUUUAAUAGCAACUUGCUUGUUGAGCGCUGUCUUGCCGACUCAAUGCAAACCCUAGGGCUACUUCCUGUGAAUGAUUCCGCACCAACUCACUUCACAAGAAGUAACGCGAGUCUGCUAGAUGUGUUCUUUGUCAGCCAUUUGUCCAAAAUAUCUCUCUACAAUCAGCUAGAUGCCCCCGCAUUCUCCAAGCAUGAUUUGCUUUUCGUCACAUACCACUUCGAAAUUAAUCCCACUGUUUGUACAUCGACAUAUCGCGACUUCAAAAACAUUGACUGGCCACUUCUGCAUCAAAGUUUAGAUGAAGUACCUUGGGAAGAGAUUUUCUAUAUGGAAGGUGUUGACGAACAAGUUUCCUUCCUAAAUCAUAACCUUUGCUCAAUUUACGACACAUGCGUUCCUGUCAAAGUCAUUUAUACUAACAGAAAACAACAGCCAUGGUUUACUCCUGAAAUCAAGCACUUGAUCAGCGUUCGAAAUUUGGCAUAUAAAAGAUGGAAACGUUAUAGACUGCCUACACUGUAUGACACGUUUAAAUCCGCUAGAAGAGAUGUGCUCAAAAAGACUAACGAGUCCAAAAAGCAGUACUAUAAAAGGAAAUUCGAAAAUGCAAUUGAUAGUAAGCGAAAAUGGAAAGAAAUAAGGAACAUCGGAAUUGGAUCGAAAUCCAAUACCAACACUGAUUGUCUUUCUAUCUCUGACCUAGAUGAGAUAAAUGAAAACUUUUUGAAAAUAAAUACUGUGGACCCUGGCACAAACACUUAUUCUAAUAUUUCUACAGCACAGAUUGAAGACACAUUCUCGUUUAGAUGUGUUAGUCCCGAAGAAGUCUUACAAAGUUUUGCAACCAUAAAGUCUGACGCAAUGGGAUUUGAUGGCAUACAUCCUAGAUUUGCCAAAUUGGUACUGCCGAAAAUACUUCCAUUUGUUACACACAUUUAUAACAACAUUCUUACAAAGUCAACGUUCCCAACAGACUGGAAAUUGGCAAAAAUUAUACCGAUACCCAAACGGAAUUCAGAGUUCCGUCCGAUUGCUAUCCUGCCGUUUUUCUCUAAAGCUUUGGAACGUAUUAUAAAUACUCAAAUAGAUGCCUUCCUGAGUUUCAGAGGUCUUUUGAAUGAUAGACAAUCUGGUUUUCGAACAAAAAGAAACUGCUCUACUGUAUUAAUUGACGUUGUGGAAGAAUUGAGACAAAAUAUGGAUAAAAAUAUGGUAUCAUUUCUGGUUUUACUGGACCACAGUAAAGCCUUUGACACAGUGAACCAUGAUAUUCUUAUCUCGAAGCUUGACAGACUUUUCUUUUUCUCCAAACCGGCCUGUAAACUGAUUUCAUCAUACAUUACCGGACGCCGUCAAUCCGUCAAUGUCGGUGAUACAACAUCUGCGGCACUUGAUGUACCUAGAGGUGUUCCGCAGGGCUCUAUCCUUGGUCCCUUACUUUUUUCUGUAUACAUAAAUGAUCUACCUGAUAUUCCAAUGCAUUGUAAUGUGCAAAUGUACGCUGACGAUGUUCAGCUUUUCUCCAGCGCUAAACCAAAUUGCGUACAAUCAUGUAUAAAUAAUAUUAAUUGCGAUCUGAAUGAAAUCCAGAACUGGGCGAGUAAAAAUAGUCUCUGUCUAAAUCCGUCAAAAACUAAACUGAUGAAAAUUUUAAAACGAUCAACCACCCAGAUUCCUCCUGUAAGAGCUACUUUGAACAACUCGGUAAUAGAAACUGUUGAUACAUCCUGCAACCUUGGUGUAAUAUUCAAUUCCAAACUGACUUGGACUAAUCAUAUAAACAAAGCUGUUGGUAAAGUUCAAGGAAUGCUGCGAAGUUUGUGGUCUGUGCGGACUUCUACACCUUUUCAAAGAAUUCAAAAAGAAAGAAAAAACACAAUAGCACCCACAUCAACUAAAGCCUUUGACUUACAUACAUUACCACUAACACUGACACUAACAACACCAACACCACUACCAUCAUCUAGCAAUGCAAAUCGCCAUAAUCCUUUUUGGUGCGCUUAUGCCACUGAAAUCAUGUGA